GCGUCUAAAAAGCCCAAUCCUACCUCCCGCCAGUCACUUUCUCGAUACAUGUUCAUUGGGCGGCGAAAGCUUGCCGUCACUGUACGGCCUCCGGCGGCGAUCUUCGGCGUCGCCCGCUCUCGCUCCGCUUGACCUCGCUCCUCUUGCAAAGUCGGGUCGCUCGCCUCGGUAGACUCUCCCUCUCGUCCCUGCAAAUGCCUCCAUUUCACGCCGUCUUUCAGUAGCUAGAGCUGCUAGGGUUUCACUUGUGCUGGAGAUAUGAAGGUUUUCAAAUGUAGACGCCAAAAACUGGUCCUUUCGAAAGGCUCGGCAGUGGAGGUUGCGCGCGGUGACGCUGGCUCGAUUGGUGCGUGGUACGCGGCCAAAAUUGUGGAUGUGGAGUCACCACGGAAGCAAUCUGGCAAGUUGAGUAAGAUUCAGAAGGUUCUGGUGGAGUAUGAGCAGUUGGUGAGUGAUGGUGAGUCUAACCCUUUGGUUGAAUCAGUAGAGACUCGGUGUUUAAGGCCUCUUCCUCCAUUGCGCGAGGGUAAGCAAUGCAGCUUCAAGUUGGAUGACUCAGUCGAAGCAAAGUGGAGAAAUGGAUGGUGGCAUGGGUUUGUGAAGAUGGUUUUGGAGGACUCAAGGUAUUGCGUUUGUAUUGAUGGUGGAAUAGUUGACGAUGUGUUUGAGAGCAGUGAUUUGCGGGAGCAUUGGAGCUGGAUCAGAGGGAGAUGGUAUCCCACCGAGAAGAAGAAGGAGCAGGAAGCUCCUUCGGCUUUAGACGAUCAAGGGCCAUUAGAAGAAUCAUGUUAUAGUAAGAAUAUGCCUAAGGUUGGAACAGAACUUGAACUUCCAGAUGUUUUGGAGGACAGCUUGAAAGUGAAAGCUAUUGUUUCCCCAUAUCCAGCGAAGAAUACGGAGGCGCAGCCACUUCCACGGACUUUGAAGACUCCCUAUGAAUUGCGGCCAGCUAAAAAGAUAAAGCGAGGAGCCUUGAUUGGAAAUGCAGCAAGUCGACGACUUCUGAAGAAACUAAGUGAAGGCACUGUAAAGGUGCCAUCAGUUGUAGCAGAUCAGGAAAAUGAGAAACAGAAAAUAGUUGAAUUCAAUGACACUAUAAAGUAUCCUCUUCGAAGAAGGGGGAAGUUUGCUAUCUCUAAAGCUAAAUACACAAACACACACAAACCAGGUAAGGAGGACAAUGCUGGAAGUACUAUCAAGAGAGUUGUUCAAACUUUAAUGCAACAAGAUGGUUUUCCACGCUUGAGUUGCGUCCUAGGGUUGCAAGCUGAAGGAAGGAGAACGUUUAUGUUUGCAGAUACGGGUCAAUUUCCUAAAAAAGAGUUGGGUCAAAAUGAGCAGAAUUGCAAGGGAAAGAGUCAUAAAAGGAAGAGAAGAAUGCCACAGAAGUUGGUGGUCGUGAGACCUGAGGUUCCAGAGACAGGCAUGGAGCACAAUGUAACCAGCGCUGUGGUUGGUGAACCAAUUUCAACGGAUUAUGGUACCUGGAGAGUUCAACCACCUUCAAGCUUGGGAGCACAUCAUUCUGGUGUUCCAGAUGCAUCCAGAAGGGAAGGAGCCAAUGGUUCUGGGAAUUUCGAGAAAAAGAAUGACUUAUGCAAUGCUGAGACAUCCAACACCAAUGAAGAUCAACCUCUAUCGACGUGUUCUGAUGGAAUACACACACCGACAUGCAUUGAGGGAUCAAGUGAGAGCGUGUCUGGCAAGUGUAGAUGCUUAUUUGUGAAAACCUCGCCUGUUUGGAAGAUGAUUGAAUCAAUGGAAAUAUUCCAAACGACACCACAAAAUCCACAUUUUAGUCCUCUUUGGGCGUGCAAAGAAGGAUAUCGUGAAGGAGCAGCUAUUGGCAUCACGGCAACUUUUGCAUCUUUGACCGACAAAAUAUCCAACCUGCUAUUUGAUGACCCGCGAUGCCGUUUUGAUAGCUGCUUGGAGACUCUUUGUGACAUGGAAAAACAUGGAUUUGAGGUUACAGCUAUGCGGAGGCGCGUGAAUGAGUUGCUAGCAAUUAAAGAGAAGCUGGAACAGUUUCAGGAUGGAUUAAAGGAUGCUGAACUUGAAAUUGCUGACAUGGAACGCAAGGAGAGAGAAAUUAGUGAAGAGAUGGAAGAAAUUGAUAAGAAGAUGACCGAGUUGCGAGAAAAAUAUGCAGCACUGAAGUCAGAAAAGGAGAGAAAAGAUGUUGAGAUCGCCCAGUUGAGGAUGAGCUUGCAAGGCAACAAUGAACAAAUUUUGAGCGUGCGGCUUGAGUUUGAAAAAUUGGCUGCUCUUCUCCCUUGGGAAUCGAAGUGAUUGUGAAGACCUUGAGGUUUGUUCUCUUUGGUUUCCUAAUUGUUCGUUCAUGAUAAGAGUUUUGUACUAUUUGCUUGGAGCAUUUGCCUACUCAAAGUUCAUAGCUCUACUUUUUUUGGUCGGAUGUUCAUAGCUCUACUUAGAGUAGUUUUUUUUUUUUUUGGUCAGACUACUUAGAGUAGUUGAGAAUGCAUUUAUAUUCCUCUCUAUCCAGUAGAUUAGACCCUUCUUGUUACCUUUUCCAAUCGACUUCUAGUCUUAGUUUAAGAUUAGAAAUAUUUAUAUAUGAUGUAUGCCAUCGAAAUGCAAAUGUUUCAUGUGGCCUGAUUGGUCUUUCAUCAGAGAUUCUGCCUGA